CUCUGCUUUGUUUACACAACACUUAGCUUGCUAGUUAGCGGCUAGCAAGCUAAAAGAACCCACAAGCUUCCAAAUCCACCGAGGCAAACCAGCAAUCUGGUUUACUGCUAAGUUUCACAAGAUGAGAUAUCUACUAGUAAGUACAAGUAAAGUACUACAUAUCUACUAAAGCGGAGGACCCACACUGUUGGCCAUCGGGAUGAGUCUUAUCCGCAGGGGGGCGGUGUUGCACUCCUGUGGUUCAACGGAGAGAAGAAGAAGCAGUGGUGUGACGUCACUACGGAACGAGUCUAUUUGCAGUACGGCCUUAUCCAGGUCGCUAAAGCGUCCAUAAAAUCCCAUUUCAGAUGAGCAACAACCAACGUGGCUUCCACCGACUGCUGUUGGUUGGACGGACACCGAAAGGACACGCCCCCUUCCGCCUCGUGCGCGUCUCAGGCUAGCUUAGCUUGUUAGCUGCUAACAGAGACGGCCGUUAGCAACACAUGCUCGUCAAGCGUCGGGCUGUGGACUUCAGAAGCAGCGACGACGUUUUCACGAAGCCCCACGGAGCAGACGUUGGUGAAGGACUUCCCCCUGAGAGGCAGGAGUAGAGCUCCAGGAUGGAGCACGAGGAGCCCCGGCCCCCCCACGUUAAAAAGGAAGAGGAGGAGCCCCGGCCCCCCCACGUUAAAAAGGAAGAGGAGGAGCCUCGCCCCCCCCACGUUAAAAAGGAAGAGGGGGCGCCCCGAACCCCCCACGUUAAAAAGGAAGAGGGGGAGCCCCGGCAUCCCCCCCACCUUAAAGAGGAAGAGGAGGAGCCCCAGCCCCCCCACAUUAAAGAGGAAGAGGAGGAGCACAGCAUCAGCCAGGAGGGAGAGCAUCCGGAAGGACCGGAGGAGUUCCCAGUGAUCGGUGUCAUUGUGAAGAGUGAAGAUGAUGAAGACGACGGUGAAGGUGAGGAGAAGAGAGAGGCGGAGCCUCCAACAGAAGCUGAUGGAGACCACUGUGGAGGAUCACCAGCAGACAAGCUCUUAGCUCCACUAUCAGAUAGUGAGCACACGACGUCACACUCUCCUGACACUGAUGAUGAUGAUGAUGAUGAUGAAGACUCUACAGCUGAUAUGACAUGUCACCCUGACAACACACGCUUGAAAUGCCACCACUGUGACAAGAGCUUCAGCGACCGCAGCAAUCGGAGGAGACACAUGAGAAGUCACACGGGAGAGAAACCGUACAUCUGCUCAGUUUGCGGUAAAGCAUUCGCCCACAAGGGAAAUCUGACAAUACACACGAGAGCGCACACCGGAGAGAAACCAUAUUCUUGUUCAGUGUGCACGGCACAUUUCAGUCACAACAAAGUACUGACCCAACACAUGAGAACGCACACGGGAGAGAAACCUUUUACUUGCUCAAUUUGUGGUAAAAACUUCUCUCAAAAGUCCCACUUGAGAACCCACACCAGGACGCACACCGGGGAGAAACCUUUCACCUGCAUCGUCUGCAACGCCAGCUUUGGGGUGCACUCGGUCAUGACAAAACACAUGCGAACGCACACCGGGGAGAAACCCUUUACCUGCUCUGUCUGCAACGCCAGCUUUGGGGUGCACUCGGUCAUGGUGAGACACAUGCGAACGCACACUGGGGAGAAACCCUUUGCUUGCUCAGUUUGUGGCAAAAGAUUCACUCAGAAGGGAAGCUUGAUCAUCCACACGAGAACCCACACCGGAGAGAAACCCUUUCCCUGUUCGGUGUGCAGCAAACCUUUUCCGGUUCGUUCCGCGCUGGCUCGCCACAUGAAAACGCACAAUGCGCAGUAACGUUGGUUGAUACUCGCCGUGUGACAUGAUGGCUGUCGGCGUGGCCUGGGUGGCGUCGGGCCCCAAACGCAGCUGGGGAACUAUGCCACUUAGGCAAAGUACAUCGUGGAACAGCUGAGUGGUCGUUGGUGCUACUCAAUUUGAGAAUAAAAAAUGAUUUCAAAAAAUGUCAUAAAAAUGCAAGGAUCAAUAAGUCGAUCGGUGAAAUAAAUCACAUCACUUUUUUUCAGUGUUCAUUGAGCCGUAAUCGUCCAUAGCAGAGUACGAGGAGGAACUUUCUCCAACAAAAGAGGAGAACGAGCGACAACGUCAACUACUGGACGGCGUUUUCAGGAAGCAGGAAGUUGUGUUGCACAGAGCAGGUUUGUUCUGUUCGUACUCAUUACGUUACGGUAGAGUCACGUGACUUCUGAGUUGUAUUCCUAUUGGCUGCCCAAGUGGAUGAGAUGAAGUUGGGGAUAUGCUAACAUGCUGUUGUUUGUGGCCUGCUAUCAUAUGCUGUGAUAUGUCAAUCUCUGAUAUGUUGGUGAUUCCUUAUCACGGCUUUGCAGUCGAUAACAGAGCAACUGAUGGACACUCACUGGCCGAGUAUGGAUGAAUAAACAAAUCAAAAGUAGCAUUGACCUUGAACGUAUCCUGAUGUUCCCUUUUCCCUGAACACGCCUUGCAACAAUGACACAGCCGUGCCGUCCCACCUGGAGAGACCGGUCACUUGCCCCAGGGACUUGGCGCCCUCGUAUAGCGAGGGGCCACUGGGGACGCCUGGCGGAGUCUCCCAUCGGAGGUCCCACGUCCAGCAGAGCUCUGACCGUGUUCCCCGGGGGCAGCGGACCUUGUGUGCGUGAGCCAUUCCUGUACCGCCAUCAUGGAGGCGGCCAUCAUGGAGGCGGCCAUCAUGGAGGCGGCCA